CUCAAACUACCCUCUGGGAUAGAGCCCGUACCUUUCCUCGUCAGCGGUCAACUUUGUGAAUCAACAUGGCGGCCAAAGAAGUGGAAUUAGGAUUUGCAGAAGAAAUUGGUGACGAUGCUGUUCGUAAACUGCAGAUGACAAGUGCCUUCUUUCCGAGCAAAAUCGGUGGAACCCCAGCAUGGUUAAACUUGCAAGAUUUGCCCAAUUCAAGUUGUACGGUGUGCAAAAUCUGCCUCAAACCGAUGGCAUUUCUCUUACAAGUGUACGCUCCUAUGCCACAUGACCAAAGUUUUCAUCGAACGAUCUUCGUUUUUUGUUGUAAAGAUGGCAAUUGUCACUCUAAAAACUACACCGAUUGUUUCCUUGUACUAAGAAGUCAAUUAAAACGCGAUAACAAGUUUUACAGCUAUAAUCCGCCGCCAGAAUUGGACGAAAUUAACGAGCUGUCUAUGGAAUGUGUAGCUGAAGAGUUCAAACCUAAAACAUGGAUCAGUUUAUGCGAUGUGUGCGGGUGUAAAGGGGAUAAGAAAUGUUCUAAAUGUCACGUGGCACAGUACUGUGGCCGUGAACAUCAGACGGUGGAUUGGAAAUCAGGUCAUAAGAACUUGUGUCCGAAACUGUGCGCACAGGAAAAUAAAGAGCAACUGUUACAAGGAGACAACAAGUAUAGCAAUAGAAGAAUUCUCUUUCCAGAAUAUGAGUUACUUAUUGAAACAGAACCAGAUUUAACUGAUGAAAGUGAGAAAAGUGAAAAAGACAGAUUAGAUGAAUACAAACAGUUUGUGAGAGCAAAUGAGCUGCUCACUGAUACAGAAAGUGACAAAGAACUAGAAUCCUUAGCUUCUCUUGGAAAGGAAGCUUUACUUGCUGAUAAACAGUUUAGAAAAUUCAAAAAGAGAAUUACCAGAGAACCUAAACAGGUUUUGCGCUAUCACCAAAGUGGUGAACCUCUCUGGGUCUCUGAUGAAGGCAAGCCUAGCGAAGACGACAUUCCAAUAUGUGAUUGUGGUUCUGAAAGGGUGUUUGAAUUUCAGGUAAUGAUGAUGGUAACAUUUAAGGCUUUUGAAAGCCAUGAUUAUGGCACUUUCUCCAUGUGUGGUGUGUUUUGUUGCAUUCAAUGUUUUGAACAGAAAUUCUCUUUUUUGUUGCAAAAUUGAAUACUGAAUAUUCCUUUACACAAAUGAAGAGCCCACUAAAAUUUGCCUGUCUUCCAACAUGUGGCUUUACACAGCUCAACUAGUAUCUGUGAGGCACGCAUCCCAAUCCUAUCAAAACCUGACUUUUUCAGGCUUCUUUUUUGUGCAAUUUCUUUCAUUGCAGCUCAUCUCUAAGGAUCAUUCUUGUACUUUAAAAUAAUGAAUCAUAAUUCCAAAGAUCUAAAUUCAGUGUUGUACAAAUAUGUAUCCAGGUAACACCUUGGAGCUGAUAAAGUUGUUUCUUCCCAUUAUGUUGGCUGAAAAAUGCAACAAUAUUGCAAGGAAAAUAUACCUGUACUUGCUUAUCACCUCAGGGAGCUAAGGGAUUAAAAUUUUUGAUAUUCCUGAUGGCAAAUAUUUCCGUCUUCAGAUAAGAAAAUUAUCAGGGUAAUAGUCACAGUGGCAAAAUAAGUAUCCAGUCAAGUCGCCAACUCACAGAUGUAUAAAAUUGAGUAGAAACGUCAG